CUCAGCUUGAGGAUUGCGCAUAAAUAUAGUACUCGAAGUUACCAGAGCACCAGGUAUGUCUUACAUGUUGAAGCUCUGGCAUCCGCAACAUGACCCUGUCCCUGGAAGAGCAACAGGCGAAGGCUGCUCGUCGACGUCGAGAGAAGCCUCAGUUGUCAUGCAAUUUGUGCAGGAAAAGAAAAUUGAAGUGUGAUCGCUGCCACCCCUGCCACAACUGCUCGCGUCGGGGGCUCGCUGGUUCCUGCAAUUUCCCUGACUCUGGCCUACCAGGGCCAACAAAUAGAAGGAGUCCGGAUCAGUUGCCCGCCUCCAAUGUCAGGGACCGAGUCAACCAACUUGAGACUCAGGUUGAAUGCCUGAUCAGUGCCUUGAAGCAGGCAACCCCUGUUCCCCCGAUCUUGCAGAACAGCGGGCCCCCUGUCCAAGUCCACGACGACCAGAAUGACGACUAUCACCAGGAUCCACGGCUCUUUCCCGAUGCGUCUGAGUACUUUCAACACUCUCAAGGCAGAGAUAGUUAUGUUGGGAGUGCACAUUGGCUGGCGAUCCUGCGAAACAUUCCUGCAUUGAGAGAUCAGACUACUACUUCCUCUGUUGGCGAAGAAGACCACCCAAGCAAUGGAACAGCAGAGGAAGAGCCUGAUCUCCUGCUUGGAUACUCCGAGAAAGCCAGUAGGGAAGAUAUCCUCGGUGCCAUCCCUUCCAAGGGUUUUGUCGAUACUUUGAUGGCGGUGUGUUUUAUCAACACCGACAAUGAAGCGAUGAUUGUUCAUCCCCCAACAUUUCGAAAUGAGUAUGACAGAUUUUGGGAGGACCCGACAUCAGCCUCAACGGUGUGGAUUGGGUUAUUGUUUGCCUUGAUGUGCCUAGCGGUGCAAUAUCAACAAUUCUCACCAGAUGAGAAACGUCGACUGCAAGUAGCGGAAUUCCAGCCGGAAACUCUCGUCCGACUUUAUCGUCAGAAGACUAUCCAGUGCCUAGUCCUGGGGAAAUACUUCCACGGUCCACGAUACGCAGUGGAAACCAUCUUGCUCUAUUUGUUCAUUGAGUCCUUGAGGGAAGAACAGACCAAGAGUCUGCAUGGCCCCUGGGUGGUGUGGGGAAGUCUUGUCCGAAUUGCCUUCCGGGCCGGCUAUCAUCGCGACGGCUCCCAUUUCCCAACGAUGUCGUGUUUCGAAGCUGAGAGGCGCCGCAGAGUCUGGACCAUGCUUGUCGAGUGGGACAUGUAUCUUUCUAUCCAGUUCGGACUGCCGCGCAUAAUCAGUCUUUCGCUCUGCGACACCGCCGAUCCCAGGAAUCUGUUUGAUGAAGACCUCCACGAGGACAUGCUCGAGUUGCCUCCUCCCAGGCCAGAAUCUUCCCGAACUGUGCCUCAAUUUCACGUUGCCAAAAAUCAGCUUCUGUCUAUUUUCGGAACGAUCAAUGAUCUUACAAUGUCGGUCAACCCCUCUCCGUACUCCGAAGUCAUCAGACUGGACAAAGCACUCACAAGCACUUACGGCUCGAUCAUUCCCGUAUGGAAACCUAUACCACGCCCGCAGGACAGCUCAUUCCUAUUGCAACCCCCUGCUACCAUCAGUGUACGUUGCACCUUUCUUUCCUUUAUCUACCACAGAGCACAGAUUGUUUUACAUCGCAAAUACAUGUCCAUUGGCAGAACCCAUGGACGAUAUGCAUACUCACGCAGGGUCUGUAUCGAGGCAGCCCUCGCAAUCCUUCGACAUCAAUGGGCUCUAUACCUUGAGACUCGAGUCGGCGGCCACCUGUGUCGUCACGGCUGGAAGUUCCUGUCGUUACUCGUCCAGGAUUUCCUUUUCGCGACAGCCAUUCUCUGUGCCGAGCUCGGGGAAGAGAUAUCUCUGGCUGGUCUCACUUCUCCCAAUGAUGGACACACCUCAAGUGCUCGCGGGGAUAGCAGUAACGACGCAGACUUGCGCGAAGCGGUGUUUCAUGCACUCAGCUCAUCGUACAUUGUGUGGCUGCAAUCAAACGACUCAGAAUCUUCGCAAGAAACAAAAACUGUGGUAGCGGCGCUCCGGCAUCUACUUGGCAAGGCGCAAGAAAGUGGGCUUGGCCAGGCAAAGAUGGAUGUCCCGACGCCGUCAAGUUAUCUGCCUAAUAGAGGCCCAAGAAUUGACGAGCCAGGGAAUACGCCAUCUGAGCAUCAACGGCCACAACGGCAACGCUAUGGUCUUGAAGUAGACAAGCCUAGGAGUGCCGAUGUUUAUUGGGGCCUCGGGCACUUUCCUGUUUGAC